CCGGCCCCGCCCCUCUCGGCACGUUGGACACUAUGGCUGCGUCGGUGGCGCGAAGCUGCCGCGCUGCAGUUUGUUUUGUGGGGACUCGAACCCGUCUGACGUCUAGGUGUCGUUUCCACGGGUCUCCCGUGGCGCGUGGCGGCGGCCUGCUGCUCUCCAUGAACAAAAGAGGACUUCUGAAAGAGUCGUUCCCCGACCACGCGGCCCAGGACGGUAUUCCUCAGCUGCUGCAGUCCGGAGCUCAGACGGUGUACUGCGGCUUCGACCCCACGGCGGACAGCCUCCACGUGGGCAACCUGCUGGCUGUGAUCGGUCUCCUGCACUUCCGUGGAGCCGGGCACCACGUGGUGGCCGUGAUCGGAGGGGCCACGGCGCAGAUCGGAGACCCCAGCGGGAAAAACAGCGAGAGAGAGCGACUGUCCGCGUCCUCCGUGGACGACAACAGCCGCAGCAUCAGAGACAGCAUCCACAGGCUCUUCAUCAACCACGAGCUGCACUUCCACGACAACUCCAGGAGACUGGGCACCGUGACCGUCCUGAACAACCUGAACUGGUACAGGGGUCAGAACCCGGUGCACUUCCUGUCAGAGUGGGGACGGUACUUCCGGAUGGGCACCAUGCUGUACAGGCAGAGCGUGCAGGCCAGACUGAAGAGCCCGGAGGGCAUGAGUUUGACCGAGUUCACCUACCAGGUGUUCCAGGCGUACGACUUCUACCACCUCAACCAGGUGUAUGGCUGCAGAAUCCAGCUCGGAGGCUCAGACCAGCUGGGCAACAUAAUCGCAGGCCACGAAUUCAUUCACAAAGUGAGCGGUGAGGACGUGUACGGCCUGACCGUCCCACUGGUGACCAGCUCUAUGGGGGACAAGCUGGGGAAGACGGCAGGCAACGCAGUGUGGCUCAACAGAGACAAAACAUCUCCAUUUGAACUCUACCAGUUCUUUCUCAGGCAGCCUGACACUUGUGUAGAAAGGUACCUGAAGUUGUUCACUUUUCUGCCUCUGGCUGAAGUGGACAAAGUAAUGGAGCAACAGCAGAAGGAGCCAGAAAAACGCCUUGCUCAUAAGCGACUGGCCGCUGAAGUUACAAAACUGGUGCAUGGGAAGGAGGGCCUAGAGAGCGCAAAGAGGUGCACCAGUGCACUGUACCACAGCAGCGUACAGGCUUUGGAGGAAAUGAGUGACGAGGAGCUUCAGGAGCUCUUCACGGAGGCUCCCUUCCAUGAGCUGCUGCUGGAUCCGGGAACCACAGUGAUUGAGGCCUGCCGCAAGAUCAACGCCAUCCCAGAGGGACCCAGAGGAUACCUCAUGGUUUCUGAUGGAGCAGUGUGGAUCAACCACAACAGGAUAGACAACCCAGAGCAAGUUCUGAUCCCAAAGCUUCACGUCCUGUCCAACGGACUCUCUCUGCUGCGGGUGGGCAAGAAGAACUUCUACAUCAUCAAGUGGCUCUGCCUCUGAAGGGGACCAUUUUACUGUGAGGGACAGACCGCUGCACCUCAACAGGACGUUUAAGGUGACGCGGAUGGACUGAUGGCACAUUCAGCACCUUGGAGAUUGUGUGGUUGUCAUGGAGACCGUUGUAUGUACACAGAACAUUUUUUGAUGCUUUGAUAUUAAAAACGUACGCCGUACACGUUGCUGCCUGCUGACUUUGUGCUGUUACAGUAGGAUUGCACAGGGACCACUAGGGGGCAGGGUUUUGCCACUUUAGAGGGUGCUGCUGUCUGCAGGCUCUGACACACAGGCCUCAGUGACGUCACCACAGGUGUCUGCCCACAGUAAAAUGAUAUAUAUCACAAAGAGAGUUCUGUUUAAAUGCAAUG